GGCGGCCGCUCCGGCCGCGCACCCGGAAGCGGCGGCGGGGCCGCGCCAUGGCGGGGACGGCGCUGAAGCGGCUCAUGGCCGAGUACAAGCAGCUGACCCUGAACCCACCAGAAGGGAUUGUGGCAGGUCCCAUGAAUGAAGAGAACUUCUUUGAAUGGGAAGCCCUGAUCAUGGGUCCUGAAGACACCUGUUUUGAGUAUGGGGUUUUCCCUGCUAUCCUGAGUUUCCCACUGGAUUACCCGCUGAGCCCUCCCAAGAUGAGGUUCACCUGUGAGAUGUUCCAUCCCAACAUUUACCCAGAUGGGAGAGUGUGCAUCUCCAUCCUUCACGCUCCUGGGGAUGACCCCAUGGGCUACGAGAGCAGCGCGGAGCGGUGGAGCCCCGUGCAGAGCGUGGAGAAGAUCCUCUUGUCUGUUGUCAGCAUGCUGGCAGAGCCAAAUGAUGAAAGUGGAGCCAACGUAGACGCCUCCAAGAUGUGGCGGGAAGACAGAGAACAAUUUAACAAAAUUGCCAAGCAGAUUGUGCAGAAGUCACUUGGACUUUAAGCUCACAGAGAGACUGAAGUGUUUUGUAUUUCUCUCCACCUGGAAACGAGCAGUGCUCAGUGCUGGUACCAAAAAGGAAAACUUUGUAAAACUAUUGGCCUAGUUCUUAUAAUUUGUUAUUUAUUUACCAUCUCUUUUCUUCCACUGCUCCAGAGAAGCCUCUAGUUCACUCACUAAAUUGUGUGGAAAAGGGAUUUAAUGGUAGAGAAAAAUACAGAGACAAUGCUGUUUCAAAGGCUGCUUGUUGCUACCUUCCUUUGUGGUGUGGAAAGCCUGGAGAUUUGGCAAUCUGCAGCCCUCCCUCACCCAUCUGCUGUUGGAGAGCAGUGCUGGUUUGGAUCAUCUGCUGGCAGAAUUAGUUGUGUUUUUAUAGGUAGCAUUGCAUCUGGAGCAGCAGUAGACAGGAAUUACUCUAUCCAUUCUGUACUUGUUAGGUUAAGGGCAGCAGUUGCAGUCAGAGCUGAUUUGAAGAGUUUAGUUAGCAGGAGAGGCUGUAGAGCAGAGCUGUAGUCAAGGUGUGUUAGCAAAGAAAGGAACUUCAGGGAGUGAGCUGUGAGGGCUGGUUGGGGUCUGGAAUGGCCUGGUGUUCCCAUGUACCACUGUGAGUUUGUACUGAGCCUUUGAGUCAGUGCUGGCUUGGCAGAAAUCCCAAGAGCUGCUCCUUGAGGACACUCAGUUGUAAACUUCACACUCAGAGGCACAAGGUGUAAAGGCUGCAUUGUGCAAGGUCACCUGGGUGAGGUAGGUCAUGGGCAGUUGCAAAAUCCAGUGAGGAUGUUUUUGCUCUGCUGGGCAUGUUCACAGCUCUGCAAGAGUACCAGCUUGCUCUGGUGACAUGUGAGUGUUGAGAGGAUUUGGCACUGCUCUGCAGUUACACCUGUCCCCCAUUUUCAGGUGAACGAGCCAAGGUGAGCAUGAUGGACUUAGAAAAAUCACCUGAGUGCUCUUGUGUAUUAAAUAGGAGCCAGAGAGGAUGGGCUGUUUGCUGGAGGAUGGUACCAGGUGUGCUUUGGACAUCUGCAGUGUUGUAGCCAGGGUGCAGGAAAUACCAGCUGGUCAGUUCCUAAAACUGCUGAGGGGCCUCUGCUGACCUUUCUGCUUUGCAAGCCAAUCUCAUGUGUAGGUCCAAAUUUCUCCAAUUUACUACAAGCAAUAACAUGCCCAUUGAUAGCACAUGGAAUCCAAUUUUGUUGGCAGCUUUAAAUGGGCUAAAUUUGACAAGGGCUGUUGUUUUUUUUUUAAUGUGAAAAAGUGUGAUGUGGAAGGAGUCACACCAUGAAGAAAGCUUUACAGAGGUGAUCGUGUGCAUGUGUGUGGUAGAACUGUUCAGCAUUUCUGUCUUGCUGUCUGUGCUGCAGAUCACACUUUGCCAUUGUUGUGCACCUCUGAAGAGUUGUAUUGCUACAACCUGCUGAUUUUACCUCCUUGUAGAAAUAAUUGUGGCUUUGAUGUCAGGGUGGAAGUGGGACUGGACAUAGUUUGGGAGCAGAGAUGAUGAAAUAGUGUUGUACCUAACUAGUAUUUCAAGGCAUACAGGAAAAUGUAGCACUUUAUGCAAACUGGGAGUGUUUUCUGGAGUAGAGAGAGGAUUGUUCCUGGGAGUACUGCAGCCACCUUUGGGAACAACCCUGGAGAGCUGCAGGAGCCACUGCAGAAACACAGAUGUGGCAAAAGUGGGGUUUGCUUAAGUGCUGAGUGUUUUAUUCAUGUGUGCUUGCUCAUUAUCUUGAUUUUAUGGUGGGAUUUAGUCUGUAUACUGAAAAUAAAGUGCUUAUAUUUUCUCCUUU